UUUACUCGCUAGUCGGCGAUACUCAUACUCAUACUCAUACAGUGAUUGAUACUGCUCUGCCACCACCCAACCCAACCCAACCCAACCCAACCGCACCCCACCAAACCCACCCAGGUAAAUCCCGCCCCCGCGAGCUCCACUCUACUUUCUCGUGGGAGCGCCGCGCCUCAAUUUCGGGCAAGGAGCCAAGUGUUAAUUGAAGAGAUUUCGAGCCGGCAUCCCCUGAAAUUGCGGUUAAAGGGUGCCCCAGUCUCAUUUAAUGCCCGUUCCAGUGGACCCCCUUCCGAUCUAUUCUUGACGCAGCUUCACUUGCUAUCAGGAAUGCGGUCGUCUUUUCUCGUACCUGUUCGCCAUUCCAGGCCUGCAUCGAGGCGAUCUGGAGAAUGAUAAUGUCGGCGUCUCGUGAUAUCGUCUUCUCCACUUCAUGUUUGUUUUGGUAGCUGACAUUUGACUGUAUGGAGACUGGGUUGGACAGCGGGCUUCGUUUCAAAAGGGUUCCACGGCAGUACUUGCCCAGCAUUCAUAUGGAUCCACUGCUUGACGAAAACUUGGAGCAGUGGCCACAUCUAAGUGAACUUGUUCAGAGCUAUGGGGCUGAUUGGGUUAAAUAUGAAUACAAGUAUGGACACUACGAAAGCAUUGGCCCGAGUACAUUCCACAACCAGAUAUUUGAGGGGCCGGAUACUGAUUUGGAAACUGAAAUUGAGUUGGCUAAUGCCAAAAGAAAUAAGGUGCAAGAUACAGCUGGGACUGAAAUGGAAAGUUCAUCGAGCAAUUAUAUUUCUGGAACAAAUGAUUAUGGUUCAUCAAAUGUUGAGAUUUCAAAGCAUGGUCAUUUUGGCGAAUCACCCCUACUAGCAUAUGAACCUGUUUUUGAUUGGGAAAAUGAAAGAUCAACUAUAUUUGGUCAAAGAAUACCUGCCACCAACAUAUUUCAGUAUAGCAGUGGGCUAAAGAUUGCUGUAAAAGUGUUAUCAUUGUCAUUUCAAGCUGGACUUGUUGAGCCAUUUUAUGGCACGAUUUGUUUAUAUAAUAGAGAGAGAAGGGAAAAACUUUCGGAAGAUUUCAAUUUCCACAUUUUACCAGUUGAAAUGCAAGAUGGAAGUUCUUCUGUUGACGCUCGUGGUAUUUUCAGUGUGGAAGUACCAUCAGCUUCAAUCUGUUUGCUAAUCCAAUUAGAAAAGCCUGCUACCGAAGAGGGUGGAGUAACUUCAUCUGUUUAUUCACGCAAAGAACCAAUUCAUCUUACUGAGAGAGAGAAGCAGAAACUUCAAGUCUGGUCCCGGAUCAUGCCCUACAGGGAGUCAUUUGCCUGGGCAAUUGUCCCACUUUUUGAUAGCGGUGUUGCUUCUUCUUCUGGGGGUUCUGCUUCUCCAAGCAGUCCACUUAUUACGAGCAUUUCGGCUGCAACCUCUCAAGAAGGGUCUGUUGAAACUGUUUCAAAGAUCACAUUGGAUGGAAAGCCUGGCAGUUCCUUUGGCAACUCUGUUGUCGUUGAAGUAUCUAAUCUGAGCAAAAUUAAAGAAGGCUAUACUGAGGAGUCACUCCUGGAUCCAAAACGAAAAAUUCACAAACCAGUGAAGGGUACCUUGAGAUUGGAGAUUGAGAAGCUCCAAGUUGGCCCAGUUGAUUCUGAAAAAUCAGUGGAGAACAGAAGCAUAAAUGGUGAUUUUUCAAGACAUCCUGGCUAUGGACCUCAAGCCACGUCAACUUAUUCUGUCAAUUAUGGAACUGGUGGACAAAAAAAUGCUUAUUUGGAUUCAAAUUCCUCUGAUAACAGAGAGCUUGAUCGAAAUGGAUCAAUAUCUUAUGGAUUUACUGAUAGUGCUUCGAAUGAUUUCCAGGCUUUUGACUUUCGGAUAACAUCGAGGAAUGAGCCGUUUUUGCAGCUAUUCCACUCCCUUUAUGUCUAUCCUUUGAGUGUUAGCAUGAGUAGAAAAAGAAACCUUUUCAUACGAGUAGAAUUGAGGAAGGAUGAUGGUGAUGUUCGAAAACCCCCAUUAGAGGCAAUGCAUGCAUCUGCACUUAAGAAGAUGUAUGCUCAUACUCAAGUCGCUGUUGGAGCUAGGAUUGCUUGUUACCAUGAUGAAAUUAAAGUGUCAUUGCCUUCUGUUUGGACUCCAACACACCAUCUGUUGUUCACUUUCUUUCAUAUAGAUCUUCAGACAAAAAUUGAGGCCCCAAAGCCAGUUGUUAUUGGAUAUGCUUCACUUCCUUUGUCCACUUAUGCGCAGUUGAAAUCAGAAAUUUCAUUGCCCCUUAUGAAGGAGUUGGUUCCACACUAUUUACAAGACAGUAGCAGGGAGAGGGUGGAUUACUUAGAGGAUGGAAAAAAUAUAUUCAGACUCCGGCUGCGUCUGUGCUCUUCUUUAUACCCAAUAAGUGAGAGGAUCAGAGACUUUUUCCUUGAAUAUGAUAGGCACAUUCUCCGAACAAGUCCACCGUGGGGAUCUGAGCUUCUUGAGGCCAUCAACAGUCUGAAGAGUGUUGAUUCAAUAGCUUUGCUCCAGUUUCUUCAUCCAGUUUUGAACAUGCUUCUCCAUCUCAUAGGCAAUGGUGGAGAGACUCUACAGGUUGCAGCUUUCAGAGCUAUGGUUAAUAUAUUAACACGGGUGCAGCAGGAAUCAGUGGAUGAUGGUGAAAGAAAUCUAUUCCUGGUGAACUAUGUAGAUUUUUCUUUCGAUGAUUUUGGGGGUCGCCAACCACCUGUAUACCCUGGUUUAUUGACAGUCUGGGGAAGUUUGGCACGUAGCAAGGCCAAAGGUUAUCGUGUUGGCCCGGUUUAUGAUGAUGUGUUGGCCAUGGCAUGGUUUUUCCUUGAACUUAUUGUCAAAUCAAUGGCUUUGGAGCAGACACGGUUCUUCUAUCACAAUCUUCCUUCAGGAGAAGAUGUUCCUCCAAUGCAGUUGAAAGAAGGUGUCUUCAGGUGUAUAAUGCAGUUAUAUGAUUGCCUGCUAACAGAAGUUCAUGAUCGUUGCAAAAAAGGUUUGGGAUUGGCCAAAUAUCUGAACAGUAGCUUGGCUUUCUUUUGUUAUGAUCUGCUGUCUAUCAUAGAACCUCGUCAAGUUUUUGAACUGGUGUCGUUGUACCUCGACAAAUUCUCGGGGGUGUGUCAAUCAGUGCUCCAUGACUGCAAGCUUACAUUUUUGCAAAUAUUAUGUGAUCAUGAUUUAUUUGUGGAAAUGCCUGGCAGAGAUCCAUCAGAUAGAAAUUACCUCUCUUCUGUUUUAAUACAAGAGAUUUUCCUCACUUGGGACCAUGAAGAUUUAUCCAUGCGGGGCAAGGCAGCUAGAAUUUUGGUGGUUCUACUGUGCAAGCAUGAAUUUGAUGUUCGAUACCAAAAGUUGGAAGAUAAGCUCUAUAUUGCCCAGCUAUACUUUCCUCUUGUUGGCCAGGUACUAGACGAAAUGCCUGUCUUUUACAAUUUGAGUUCAGCUGAGAAGCGUGAAGUCCUUAUUGCUGUUUUGCAAAUAAUACGCAAUUUGGAUGAUGCCACUCUUAUCAAAGCUUGGCAGCAAAGCAUUGCUCGUACCAGACUCUUUUUUAAACUUUUGGAAGAAUGCUUAAUUCAUUUUGAGAACAAAAGGCCUGAGGAUAGCAUGCUUAUGGGCAGUAGUUCUCGCAGUCCUUUGGGAGAUAAAGCCUUUUCAUCGAAGUACUCUGAUAUACUUUCACCUGCAAUUAAUCACUAUCUCCUUGAGGCUGCACACCAAGAAGUUGGACCUCAAGGGACUCCUGAAAAUGGAUACUUGUGGCAGAGAGUCAACUCCCAACUAAGUUCUCCUAGUCAGCCAUAUUCCUUGAGGGAAGCUCUUGCCCAAGCCCAAUCUUCUAGGAUUGGGUCCUCAAUCCAAGCCUUGAGGGAAUCUUUGCACCCAAUAUUGAGGCAGAAAUUGGAACUUUGGGAGGAAAAUCUGAGUGCUGCUGUCAGUCUUCAGAUCUUAGAAAUACUCGAGAAAUUUUCUGGGGCUGUAGCAUCCCAUACCAUUGCUACUGAUUAUGGCAAGCUUGAUUGCAUCACAUCUAUUUUUAUGAUUAUAUUCUCGCGCAACCAACCAUUGGCUCUCUGGAAAGCUCUCUUCCCAGUGUUCAAUAGCGUCUGUCUGCUACAUGGAGCAACACUAGUAGCUAGGGAAAAUGAUCGCUUCCUAAAGCAAGUUGCCUUCCAUCUUCUCCGACUUACAGUUUACCGCAAUGAAAAUAUUAGGAAAAGGGCUGUUCUUGGACUUCAGAUACUUGUUCGGAGUUCUUUUUCGUACUUCAUGCAGACAGCUAGACUGCGGGUUGUCCUUAUUAUUACAUUAUCCGAGUUGAUGUCUGAUAUACAAGUGACACACAUGAAAGCUGAUGGAACCCUUGAAGAAAGUGGUGAAGCUCAUCGUCUUCGUAAUUCGUUGGAGGAAAUGGCUAAUGAGUAUAAAAGCCUUAUUACAAUAAAAGAGUGUGGUCUUCCAGAAAAUGCUCUCUUUGUCAGUCGCGAAGACUUGUCAGAAAAUUGUUGGUCAUGGUCUGAAGUAAAAGCACUCUCUGACAGUCUUCUUUUGGCUCUCGACGCCAGCCUUGAACAUGCACUUCUGGCAUCUAUUAUGACACUGGACAGAUAUGCUGCUGCGGAGAGCUUUUACAAACUCGCAAUAGCAUUUGCCCCUGUUCCAGAUCUUCAUAUAAUGUGGUUAUUGCAUUUAUGUGAUGCUCAUCAGGAAAUGCAGUCUUGGGCUGAAGCAGCACAAUGUGCUGUUGCUGUUACUGGAGUAGUGAUGCAGGCCCUUGUAAGUAGGAAAGAUGGAGUAUGGAGUACUGAUCAUGUUUCUGCAUUACGCAAAAUAUGCCCCAUGGUCAGCAGUGAGAUCUCUUCCGAGGCUUCAGCAGCUGAGGUAGAAGGAUAUGGUGCCUCAAAACUUACAGUUGAUUCAGCGGUUAAGUAUCUGCAGCUUGCCAAUAAGCUAUUUUCUCAGGCUGAGCUCCAUCAUUUCUGUGCCAGUAUACUAGAACUUGUUAUUCCGGUGUAUAAGAGCAGAAGGGCUUAUGGUCAGCUGGCCAAGUGCCACACCAUGCUAACAGAUAUAUACGAGUCAAUCCUUGAGCAGGAAUCCAGUCCCAUUCCUUUUGCAGAUGCAACAUAUUACCGUGUAGGAUUCUAUGGCGAAAAGUUUGGGAAGCUCAAUAGGAAGGAGUAUGUAUACAGAGAGCCUCGUGAUGUAAGGUUGGGUGAUAUAAUGGAGAAACUCAGUCACAUAUAUGAAUCGAGAAUGGAUGGUGCCACAUUGCAUGUUAUUCCAGACUCUAGGCAGGUCAAAGCAGAUGAGCUCCAACCAGAUGUUUGCUACCUGCAGAUAACUGCAGCCGAUCCUGUUAUGGAAGAUGAGGACUUGGGAAGCAGGAGAGAGAGGAUAUUCUCACUCUCUACCGGGAGUGUCCAUGCACGGGUUUUUGACCGCUUCUUGUUUGAUACCCCCUUCACAAAAAAUGGGAAGACACAGGGCGGGCUGGAAGACCAGUGGAAGCGGCGUACAGUACUGCAGACUGAGGGCUCUUUCCCUGCACUAGUAAACCGCCUGCAGGUCAUAAAAUCAGAAUCUCUUGAGUUCUCCCCUGUCGAGAAUGCAAUUGGGAUGAUUGAAACCCGUACGGCAGCGCUAAGAAAUGAACUGGAAGAACCGCGUAGCUCAGAAGGUGAUCAACUCCCCCGUCUCCAGAGUCUGCAGAGGAUACUCCAAGGCUCUGUUGCAGUACAAGUAAACAGUGGAGUUCUGAGUGUCUGUACAGCAUUUCUUUCCGGGGAACCUGCAACGAGGCUGCGAUCGCAGGAGUUGCAGCAGCUGAUCGCGGCACUUCUCGAGUUUAUGGCUGUUUGCAAGCGCGCCAUUCGGGUGCACUUUCGACUAAUUGGGGAGGAAGAUCAGGAAUUUCAUACCCAGCUUGUGAAUGGGUUUCAGUCACUCACUGCUGAGUUGUCUCAUUACAUUCCCGCCAUUCUUUCUGAACUUUGACAUCUGUUGUUAUAUUUGUUUGUGUUCUGUUCUCUACUCUUUAUUAGGAGGAGCUUGUGCGAUGAUGGUUUGUUGUUUGUAAUUAUUUGUGUUGACAUUUGGUCGUGGGUUUGUUUGCGACCGACCUGUAUCAAUUGAUUAAUUAAUUGGUAGUCA